AUUCCCACGGAUCCCAUCGAAGGGAAAGGGCUGCUGCGCUCACUGGGGUGCCACGGGGACCCCCUGCUAUCCCCGGGGGAUCCUCAGCAUCCUUUCCCAGCGUGGGUUUGCUGCGGGGCAAAGGACUCGAGGUGGUGGUGCUUGCAACCCCGCUGCGUGUCCGGACCCCGCCGCGGUGAGCAGCAGGAUCCUUCCCUCGCCGGCCGCUGGCUGCCCUCGCAGCUGCAUCCUCCUCUCCAAACCCCGCUGGCUUGGCCCUGCCGUGCCGUGUCGUGCCACGAGCCGCCGGCCUCGCCGCCAAGGCGGCACCGAUUUCCUGCCUCGCACAAGGCCCCGGGGCCGGCGGGGUGACCUCGCCUGCCCCGGCCCACCGGCUGCACCACCGCGGCCGGCAGCGGGUGCCUGGGACCCCCUCGUCCCCGGGGGGGCUCGGCCGGGGAGGAAGCCGCCAGCCUUGGCCGUGUUAGCAAGAGGAAGCGGCGGUGGCUGCCGGCACCCUGUGACAGCACGGGGACGUGGGUCCCCUCCCCGGAAGGAAGGCGCUGACGAUCUCCAUCGGCCCCGUGCUUGGGACCCUCGGGGUGCGGGACUGGGGACCGAGCCGCCCGCUGCCAUGCCGGUGACCGUGACCCUGGCCGGCCCGGCCCCUUGGGGCUUCCGCAUCACCGGAGGAAGAGACUUUGGGAAACCCAUCACCGUGUCCAAGGUGAUGGAGCGUGGGAAGGCGGCUGCGGGCGACCUCCGGCUGGGGGACGUCAUCGUUGCCAUCAAUGGGGAGAGCGCGGCCGAGAUGCUCAAUGUGGAGGCGCAGAAUAAGAUCAAGCAGAGCCCCGGGCAGCUCCAGCUGCAGGUGGAGAGGUCCCCGAUGCCAACUCCCAGCCACACCAACGGGGACACCUCACUGGAGAGGCUGGCCACACACUUCCAGGAUGUGCUGCAGAUGCAGGAGGAGAGCCGGGGUGCCCUGAGAGCCUCCUACUCCAGCCCCGCAUCCCUCAGCCCCACGCCCGGCAGCAGCAGCUCGCAGCUUCUGGAGGAGGAAUUCGCUCGUCCCAGCCUCCGCCAGGAGCGAGGAAGCCUGAGUCAGCAGAACAGCUCCCCGGGGUCCGUCCUGCCUCCACCCCCCCGCCCACCCUCACCGGGUCUCGGGGCCCCCCCAGGCCCCUGGGAGACGUGCAGAGAGUGGCGCCGCUCUUCGCCCUCUCCCAGCCCGUGCAACAGCCUGGGCUCGGAACCGGCCAUGCGGCGCUUGGAGGAGGAUUCGGAGGUCUACAAGAUGCUGCAGGAGAACCGGGAGCUGCGGGCGGCCCCGCGGCAGUCCAGCACCUUCCGUCUGCUCCAGGAGGCUCUGGAGGAUGAGGGUGGAGCCGGCCCUGCAGCCCCGUUCCCAAGCCGGCUCUCGCCCAGCACCCGCAAGCCCGUGGCCGGUGUCCAGAAGCUGCACGUCUGCGAGAAGUGUGGCAGCACCAUCGCGACACAGGCAGUGAGGAUCCAGGACGGCCGUUACCGGCACCCGUCCUGCUACACCUGCGCCGACUGCGGCCUCAACCUGAAGAUGCGGGGUCACUUCUGGGUGGGCGACGAGCUCUAUUGCGAGAAGCACGCCCGCCUGCGCUACCAGGGUGCCCCGGGGGGGCCUGCUGCCCCCCCCGUUUCUCCCCACUCCUGAGCCCAAGGCACAGUGUGGAGGGGAGCUCACUGCCUGCAUCCCACCGUGUCCCGGGGAGCGGCGCGUACCCCAUCCCCCUGGGAUGCCCUGCGAGCCCCGCUGCUUUGGUAGGAUCGGGGUCUGCGGUGGGGGGUUGUCGAGGUGGGGGCUGAGGGCAUCACCAGGUUGCGGAUGGCCAUGGGGGGGUGAAUGCGCUGCAGCUGCCGGCCUUCGCCCUUGCUGUGUCAGUGUGUGUGUGAUGAGCUGGGUCGGUUCUCAGCCUGGGCUGCAGCAGCUGCACAUGCCCAGGGACACAGUGGGGACAUGGGGGGGGGGGGGCACAGGGACGCUUGAGCACUUAGGUACCAGAGAGGAGGCUGGCGCUG